AUGACAAAUGGAAGUUAUAUGCUUGUAAUAUAUAAAAUGGAUAUAGAUUUAAGAAAAUAUUUACAACAAUAUCAUAAUCAACUUACAUGGAAAGAAAGAAUUAGAAUUACUUUUGAAAUAACUAAUGCACUAAAUUCGAUUCAUUUUGAGAAAGCAAUUCAUAGGGAUUUGCAUUCUGGGAAUAUAUUGUAUUCACAAUAUAAUGAUUGCUGGUGUAUUAGUGAUCUUGGAUUUUGUGGACCUGCUAAUAAAUCUUCAACAAGUAUAUAUGGAAAUCUUCCUUACAUAGCACCAGAGGUUAUUGAUGGAAGAGAAUAUACUUAUGCAUCUGAUAUUUAUAGUAUUGCAAUGCUAAUGUGGGAAAUUUCAUCUGGACAACCACCAUUUAUAAAUUAUGAACAUGAUUAUGAUCUCGCAAUAAAUAUAAUUAAUGGUGUAAGACCAAAAAUUGUGUCAGAAACUCCGUUAGAAUAUAAAAAUUUAAUGAAAAAAUGUUGGGAUGCUGAUCCAUUAAAAAGACCUGAUAUUAGUACACUUAUGAAAAUAAUACGUAAAAUUAAUUUAUAUUAUCAAAGUAUGCCAGAUGAAUUAUUUCAACAAGAAAUUGAUAAUUUAGAAGCGAAUUAUACAAGUAAAAGAUUAUUUAUAAGUAAAGUUCACAAUUUUGAAAAUCUGCUUGAAUCAAGAAAUUCAACAGAAGCAUCUCAUAGUAAAUCAUAUGACUUUAAUAUUCCUAACAAUAUCGAUGAUUUUCAUAAAUCAAAUGAGCGGAAUAGCGUUAAAUCAUCAAAAAUAAUUAAUACUUUCAGAGACGAUGAAAAAGAAUUAAUUUUACGAAAAACGAAAAGACAAAAUAUUAGUAAUAUUGAUGAUGAUGACGAAAUGUAUAAUAAUCCAAAUCUUCAUUCGAAUGAACAAGAUGAAUUGGAAAUUCCUGAUGGUAAGUUCUUAAAAUAAAAUAGAAAAAUCAUUAAUUAAUUUUUUUUUAUAUUUUAAAUUAUUAUCGUUUGUUUAUUUUUUUUUUAUUUUGAAUUAUUUAAACACUAAGAUUA